AUGAUUCGAAGAGUGGACAAGCACCCAUCGCCCAACACGUCCCAUCAUAAGUGGACCGAGUCGGAGAUCUCCGAGGCGUGGAAAUACGUGCUGAGAAACUCCAAUGCCACCUUCACCCGCCGAACAUGGUCCAAGCUGACUCGCGAAGCCCCGCAGAUUGCCACGGAGCCGCCCCAGACACUCCAACAGACCCCACCACUGCAUCCUGUAGCCACUCCUGAACACAAGGGCAUUCUCAAGACCGACUCGCACUUUGGAGCCACUCCCUCUUCACCGGGAGCGGUCCGAUUUGCCCCCACCGUCACCACCAUUCAUUACGAUACAGAAACGUCAGAUCUCGAGUCGGAAAUGGACUGGGAAGGUGUCUACGAGGGCCCGGUGUUUGACGACUUGUAA